AUGCAAAAGCUCGGAAUGACAUCCAAAUCUUCUUUCGGCGAAAAAACAAAUCAACAAAAUAAAUCUCUUCAAAUCCAUCGUUGUGCAUUCGAUGUUUUACUCGAUUCCUUCCUUCCAUCAUCAUUACUGCCAAAAGAUGAAUACGAUCCCUUCUUCAAUCGUUCGUCAACGCCAAUUCUUCUAAAAAAAACCGCCUAUUCAAUCUUCAAUCAGAGUCAAGAACUUAUCAUACCGGGAGAGAAACUGAGCUUGCAAAUUGACAUUCUUAAUCCGUUACAACAAAUGAUCAAGUCAAUUCGAAUUAAACUUCAACAAUAUCGAUUGAUUAUUGAUCGACAAACCGAUUUGAAUGUUUUCUCAUUUCUCCUACCUGGUUUACGAUCGAAAAUGUACAUUUGGACUAUCCAUUCCGUUGGACAAACAUCGACUCAUGCUAUCGGCAUCGUAUCUUAA